GAGAGAGAACGUUCAAGACUGCUGCUGGAGCAUGUAGAGCAGAGCUUGUUGAGGAUUUAUCGUUGAGAUCGUGGGAUCGCCGGCACCGACAACUGCUGCAACUGUUGUUGCUGCUGCUCCUGCACCGGCUGCAGAAUAUAUUUUUGAGAACUAGAGUUGGAACAAAUGGAGGGAACUUCGUCUUCAGCCAUAUCAAAACUCGAGCCUAGGCGAUGCCUCGGAGACAUCAGCAAUUCUAGCGAGCCAAAACUCGAGCCUAGGAGAUGCCUCGGAGACAUCAGCAAUUCUAGCGAGGCGGAUCUAGCUAUUAUAUUGGUCAAUGAUCGCGUGGAUCACACCGAGAAGGGGAAGGCAAAAGUUAAUGAUGUGCCUCCACCACGUAAGCAGAUUAGAACUUGGACGAUUGAGGAGGAUGAUGCUUUACGAGCGGCCGUUGCCCUUCACAAAGCGCGCAAUUGGAAACAGAUCGCUGCGGCUUUACCGAACCGAUCAGACGUUCAGUGUCUUCAUCGGUGGCAGAAAGUGCUCAAUCCCGUUCUUGUGAAAGGAUACUGGACCAAGGAGGAGGACGAGCGCAUGAUUGAACUGGUGGCGAUGUUCGGAGUGAAGCGAUGGGCUGCCAUCGCUCGCUCUCUACCAGGCAGAAAUGGGAAGCAAUGUCGAGAAAGAUGGUGCAAUCAUCUGGAUCCCCAGAUCAAGAGGGAGCCAUGGACAGAGGCAGAAGAUAUGAUGCUGUUUUUGGCUCACAAGCGGUUUGGAAACAAGUGGGCUGAGAUAUCCAAGCUACUUCCUGGCAGGUCCGAUAAUGGCAUAAAAAACAGGUGGAAUACGGCAGUACAAAGAAAGGCCGAGGCCCUGGAGGCAUGUGCCGCCAGUUGGAACAAGCUUAAGCCAUCUGGGAGUUUUCUGUCCAACGAGACCACCAAUGGUUCUGAGGUACCUCAGGACUCAUUGGCAUUGAGUGACCAGGCGACCACUGAAGUUGAAGAAUCUAGUGCUGCGCAGGACCUGUUGGCAUUGACCAAAGACUACGAUUCUGAAGAUUUUGUUCCUGAUUUUAUAAAAAGGUGGAAAGAUUUGAGACUCUUCAGUUAUAAAGCGAGUGAUCAUAAAUGCUUAUAACUUCUUGGCAUUUCAAUUUACAAAAACUGCUUCAAGAUGUAUGCGGAGACAAAGAGAUGAUUAAUCAUCAAGUAAUAGCAGCAACAAGCAG